UUUUGAGUGCUUGGUGCUUCCUCAUAAGGGACAGGAAAUGACGAAAGGACUUCAGCUUUGGUCGAGGAAGUGGUAAACUGAUUAUAAACAGUACACAUGGAGGGUGUGUCCGUGUGAACAUUUUAUAAGUAAAGGGUUUACAAGGGAAUAAUGGGGGACACGGCGAAAGCUAAACGUCGAGAUCAAUUAAAACGAUGGUCCGGAUCAACUACAGACAGAGAACCUGCAGUGCCCAGACAAAGGUGGCGGGGAGAUGUUGUGAACACGGGUGAAUCGGAGGCCGUAGGCGUUGAGGAAUCGGAGGGAUCUCAAGAUGCGGAUGGAAACGGAUCAACCACCGGAGAACACCAAGGGUCAACAAGGCAGACUAUGAAACGAAGGCGGCGAGUUCACUUUGAGAGGACUGCCGAGUUCUUGGCUGUCUGUGCCAGCGGUGACACGGAGGAGGCUCGGGAGAUGCUGAAAGAGGCUCGGGAGAUCCUGAAAGAGGCCAAAGGACAGCAUGGUGUUGAACGGGAGAUCAACGGAGGCAUCGUCAACUGUUCCAAUGCAGAUGGAAUCACCGCCCUACACCAGGCGUGCAUCGACGGGAGCAUGGAGGUGGUGAGUUUCCUCCUGACCCAGGGUGCCAAUGUGAACCAGGUGGACAGCGAGGGCUGGACGCCGCUGCAUGUAGCUGCCAGCUGUGGUAACCUGGAGAUCACAGAAUUCCUGCUCGAUCUGGGUGCGUCGUUGAGCGCGGUGAACUGUGACGGAGACGUGCCUCUGGACAUCGCCGAGGACGAGGCCACAGAGACGCUACUCCAGCAGCACUCGCAGAAGCAGGGAGUGGACCUUGUUGCAGCCAAGCGGGUGGAGGAGGAACAGAUCAUGAGCGACGCUCGCCUCUGGCUGACGGAAGGCCUCCCCGCGGACGUCCACAACCCCAGGACCGGUGCCACGCCCUUACAUGUGGCCGCCGCCAAAGGCUACCUGGAGGCCAUCAAGCUGCUGUGUCAGUGUGGGCUGGACGUGUCGGCGGUGGACGUGGACGGCUGGACUCCCCUGCACGCGGCGUCCCACUGGGGACAGGGAGAGGCCUGCCGUAUCCUGGCCGAGCACCUCUGUGACAUGGAGGCCCGGAGCUCCGCGGGCCAGACCCCAUUUGAUGUUGCUGAUGAGAGCGUGGAGGCCCUGCUGGAGGAGUUGUCUCAAACCCAAGCUUCUUGGCGAGACGAAACGUCGAUCAACGAUACACAAAAUGCCUCUGGGUCGACGGCUGCCAACGCUGGGAACAAAAAGCGGAGGACGUCUGUUUGCAGGAUGAGCAGCAGGGAUAAGAUGAACGUGCAGGACCAGUCGAAAGAGAGGGGCAUCUCCGGAGGUCUUGACAUGAACGAGGAGCGGGAGAGCAGCCCAGAAAGUUCCACUGUGUCCAGCCCAGACAGUGAAAGUAUUACUACCUCUACAACUAGCCCUGCUGAAAAGACGGCCGACGAAAAGGAGUCGGAUGAGAAGGACCAAGACUUGUCCAGCCGGACUGCGCGGGUGCAGCCCACCCCUCAGAAGCGGGAGUCUCCCGUCGAGAGCCCCAACAAUGCCAUGGCCGACCGCCGCAAGUUCCAGGCCCCGGCGAGGGACGAGGAGUCAGAGUCCCAGAGGAAGGCCCGCUCUCGCCUCAUGCGCCAGUCCAGACGUUCCACACAGGGGGUGACGCUCACCGACCUGAAGGCGGCCGAGCUGACCGCCGUUCGCCCCGCAGAACCCCCCCGCAGCAUCCAGCCUGUCUGCCCCAUCGUCACGGUGACGCCAGCAGAGAGAGACACAGAUCCGGUGAAGCAGGAGGCUACAGAGGGAGAGAACCGCCGGGAGCGGAGGAGGGUGAGGAGGGAGAGGCGCUCCACCGGAGUGGUCCAGCUGUCUGGAGAGGAUGACGGAGAUGCCAGCGAAGAUGCCCUCUCAGACAACACAGCCUAUGAGCCGCAGUCAGAGGACUCCUCGACCGACUACAGGGUGCUGUACACGGCGGUGCAGGCGGAGAACGAGCUGCUGCGAGAUAAGCUGCAGGAGACGCAGCUGCUGCUCAGCCAGAGCAAGGUGGAGCUGGAGAGACUGCGACAGAGUCAGGAGAACGGUUCUGAGCGCCCUGCCCUGCUGGAACUGGAGCAGUUUGAAAAGAAAGUCCUCCAGAGGAAGGCAGCAGAGCUGGAGGAUGAGCUAAAGGUCCUGGUGGAUCUUCGUUCGGACAACCAGAGGCUGAAAGACGAGAACGCAGCACUCAUUCGAGUCAUCAGCAAGCUCUCCAGAUGAGCCUGCCCACGAGUUUCAGUUUCGGGGUGUGAACGACGUGAGCUAGCACGCCCUUCAUCUGCAUACCGGGGGACGUGGGGCAGAUGACCCCCUGUGACCCCUGCAAAAACGACCAUCUCUCUCUGUACACGCACUGACAUCAUAGCACAUAAUCUCCAUCUGGGUUAAGUUUCUCUCAAUCCCUUAACGUGGGGAAAAGUUAAAGGGGGAAAAAAGAAAAAAAAAAAAAAACUACUGUUAUCCAAGCUAUGAGCUGCACAGCCUCAUCUGUGCAGUAGGGCACAAGUUGGAAUUUGCAGGGUGCUUUUGUUCUGUUUUUGCUGUUUCUGUUUUUACUUUGUUUUUUUUUUGCUUUUAAAUGCACUGUGCUUCAGAUAUUUUCCUAACCUCUUGAUGGGAAUAGCCCUGGUUAAGUUUAAGGUAACAGCUUUUUUUUUUGUACUGGUAUAAAUUGCUUUUAGGUCUACUUGCCACCGGCUAUUCUCUAAUUACCACAAAAGUGUAUGCUCCAGUCAGCCUACCUACUGUACCUUCAUGGUCCUCCCCGGACGAUGUCAGGUUUUUUAGCACUGAAAGAAAAAGAAAAAAAUGCCAAGGAGACAUGGUUGCGAUAUCAUCGUCGUUUAAAAAAAGACAAAAAAACACGUACAUGUGCCAAAAACAUUGUAUGCCCAUUCCUGUGUACUUCAGCAUGUCUCCGCGGGAACAGGUAGGAGUGUCGCCAUGGCGUUUCUCAGGAGACAAGUUUAGGUCAACACUGUGCCCGAGCUGACCUCUGUCAGGCAAACCGGCGCGUUGCUAUGGUUUCUCCACUCUGUCGGUGAAUGUGUAUUUAUGUUGUGUAUAGGCCUAUCUCUCAGAGGGGACAUGUUCUCUGCCAACGGUUUAGUGGUCUGAUGUUUUUAUUUGAUUUUCCCUUCAGGAGGAGGACAGAGUGCUAAUACUGUGACUAAGGCCCACGUGGCAUUCCACACACAAUGGGUCGAGUCUAUCAGAACGUUUACCGCCCUUUUUCUUUGUUGUUCUUUUUAAGCGAAUGCAUGCCAAAAUGUAUUUUGAAAAACGAAAUGUGCCUUUCUACGUAUCUGUUUUAAUAUUUCUAUUUUGCUUGGAUAAAGAAAGAUUGUCAAAAGGACAGGAUAGUGCUAUAACAGAAAUGUGUCAGUUUCUCAGUCAUCUCAUUCCCAUAUCUAUGAAAGGUGAACAUUUUGAAAAUGCAAAAUAAAAAAAUCUGUGUAAACUGUUCUGUUAAACAAA